UGUCCACUGUGGGACCACGGCACAUUGAUUUAAGUGCUUGGAAGUGCAACUGUCGCACAAAUUUUGGAGCUUUGUUUCUCGCUCCUUGCGUUGCACUUUGAACUGUUAACCAUGAGUGAGUUCUGGUUGUGUUUCAACUGCUGUAUUGCAGAACAGCCUCAACCUAAAAGACGGCGGCGGAUCGAUCGAAGUAUGAUUGGGGAGCCAACAAACUUUGUUCACACAGCUCAUGUAGGUUCAGGAGACCUCUUUAGUGGAAUGAAUUCGGUGAGCUCAAUUCAGAACCAAAUGCAGUCCAAAGGUGGCUACGGUGGAGGCAUGUCCGCAAAUGUUCAAAUGCAGCUUGUAGAUACAAAAGCAGGAUAACUUUACGACACUUUUCCAGUCCUUGUGAAUUUCUGUACCUUUUUUCCUGUGUCCCUCUCUUUCUGCCUUGGUGACCUGCUUUCUGUGCUCAUGACGAGAGAAGUGAUGGCUCAUCAUCCAUCCCCUGUGAUUACGC